UCUAAAGCGUCGUGUCGCGUGGAAGUCUUUUCGGCGGCGUUGGGAACGUCGAGUUUAGCAUCAACCUGACAGUAAUUUGAUAUUGAUUAGUCUGUCUAUAUACAGAAGGUACAUGCCUUUAGACGCUAACAAAAUUAAAACAACUUCUAUGGAGUAUCUAUCGCCGGAACACGAUAUCAGUUUGAAACCAUGCUAGACAAUCUGGAAUCAAGAAUCACAUUCGAAGUGCCCACCAGUUUGGAUUUCGACAAGCUGAUCCGUGACAACAACUAUACGCUAUUUUGGCAAAACUUACAAAGCCAUCAAGACUUGUUUAGAGGUUCACUUCAAGGCGAAAGUCACGGAGAAUAUCAAGAUUUGCCAGAUUCAGUAAACGUGCACAGUGACCGAAACUCAAGUAGUUUCAAUCUGAUGAGUAGUUUGAAGCAUUUUGCUGGGGAAGGUGCUGAUGAUUCAGGUUUGAGGUUCUCAAGAAACGUCUCGGUGGCUGGAGUUUCGAAAAAAGGUUUGGAUAUUUUGACCAGUGAAUCAUUCAUAUAUCCAGGCUAUUUGUGGAUUGGAGCAAUGAUGGCGCUACUUUUAAUAUCUGGAUUAUUUUGCGUGUGUUCCUGCUACCUGUACUUGAAGUAUAAGAAAUGGAAAAAAACUGCGAGUGUCAGAGCUGGAUUCAAAUGUGGCAUGUGACGUUAUACAAACAAUGGUUUAUGGUAGUUUGUGAGCCCUUCCCACUUUGGAAGAGGGAGAGGGUGGAGAAGCCACACCAGUAAACCAUAUAUUUUAGCAUAAUUUAAAUACUCAUAAAGCUUAUAAAGACAGAGUAAAAAUUUCAAGUCUUGAAAAAUAAAUUUGGAUAUCGAGUUUAAGUAAAGCAGAUGAAAUCAUGUUUGUAUUGCAAUUCGAAACACCAGCUGCAGCUCUCAUUUCGAAGUGGUUACUGCUGAAUUAUGUUGAUGCCUUAAAAUAAUGAAAAUUUAAAUCAUUUUCACAAAUUUUAUUAUUUUUUUAAAGGUGUAGCAAAGUACACCGGGUCAGCUAAUCUAUAUAUAUAAAAAUGAAUUUCUGUCUGUCUGUCUGUCUGUCUGUCUGUCUGUCUGUCUGUCUGUCUGUCUGUUCCCUAUAGACUCGGAAACUACUGAACCGAUUUGCGUGAAACUUGGCAGGUGGGGGUAUUGGAGGCCGGGGUAGGUUCCUAUUAUGGUUUGAGACCCCUCCCUCUCUCAUGAAGGGAGGGAGGGGCCUCCCAAACAAAAGACAAUUUUUUGCAUAACUCGAGCACCCAUCAAGCAAAUGGUAUCAAAAUUGGCAUGGGGUGGUAUUUGGGUACGAAGAAUAUACCUAUGAAUAUUAGGUACCCCUCCCUCCUCUCAGUGGGGUGAUAGGAAGGGGGGAGGGGGGCUUCCUUACAAUUUUUUAUAUAACUCGAAAACUAAUCAAG